UUUGGUACUAGGCCUAUUUGGCGCUAAAGAAAGGUAAAUAUUUCUGUAUUAUGGAACCAUUGAUGCACAGCUGACAACUCACAACUGUUUUGGAAAGACGGGUCCGUGGCAAAACUUCAUAACUUGACAACUGAAUAUGACCAGUUCAGAACAAGUUGUAUUUCGAAUGAGACCAAAGGAAAACAAGAACAUUGUUCCAAGUAUCAAUAUGGCAGAAAACAAUGAAGGAGCUGAUAAACAACUGCUUGAUGCUCUUAAAGAUCUCAGAGUAGGAGAGAAUAGAGUUCAUGAUUACAAACACAAUAUAAAUGUGUUUAGAUGGACAUUGAACAAAGUGAUCCUCAUGACCCAUGUGAAUAUAUUUUUGUAUUCUACAUGUUUUUGGAUACAGAGUGGAACACUGCCGUAUCUGACAAAGAGACUGGGCGUGAAUUCUGUCUGGUAUGGUUACCUGCAGACUGUGUUUGCCAUUGGCCAGCUAGCUGGGGGUCCAUUGUUUGGCCGGUUUGGUGAUCUCUUUGGGGGUCGUGCAGCUAUGAACUUGGCCUUUGUUUCUUCGGCGCUGUCGUACUUAUUGCUUUCGAUGUCAUCAUCAGUGACGCUGCUAUUCCUGUCCAGAGUUCCGGCUUUGUUUAUGCAUGCCAUGCAAGGUGGUCAGAUGAUUGUCACAGAUCUUGGGGACGUGGGAAAGAGAGCUGAUGCCCUGGGGAAGCUUGGGAUCUCAUAUCUCAUAGGAAUGGUGCUUGGACCAAUGAUUGGUGGACAGAUUACAAAACAUUUCAGUGAGGAAACGGCUGCAUUCGUGGCUUGCAUGGGGUCCGUAUUAAGCAUUGUGCUAGUACUGCUGUUUGUGCCACAUAGGACUAAGAAGGUGGAAGUUGCAGAUAAAUCUGGAAGUGCCCUUCUAGAUCUGAGCAAAUGGAAAGAGUUGAUAUUGGCUCCUGGGGCCCUUUUUCUGCUGUCCCUUAAAAUGGCCACAGGGACCCCUAUAGGGAUCUUUCAGAGCAUGUUUCAAGUGAUCGCCUUGGAGACAUUCAAUCUGCCGGCUGAUCAGAAUGGUUUCUUGAUGGCGUAUAUUGGUGUUCUAACCAUGGUAGUUCAAGGCGUUGGUGUGGGUGUGUUGCUGAGGAAGGUCAGUGAGAAUGCAAUCCUGAAGUGGGCCUCGUUCCUCAUGGUCUGGUCUUAUCUCUUACUGGCAUUUGUGGGCUCCAUUCCCCAGUUAUGCAUGGUUUUAGCCCCACUGACUGUCGGACUUGCAUCAUCUAACAUCGUCAUCAACAGUGCAUUGACACGCACCGUCAGUGAAAUAGAUACAGGAUCCAUGCUAGGUCUCAACAUGGCCAGUAACUCUCUCAUCCGGACUGUGUCUCCUACGAUAGGGGGCUACAUGCUGCAGGCUUUUGGAUUCCCGUCUUUUGGCUACCUCGGGUUUUUGCUGUCUCUAAUUGUUACCAUCAUACUCUUUAAAAUCAAAGUACUGACAGUUCUGGUGUGAUGAUGCUAUUGAAGAGGAUGGAUAUCAAAGCAUCAAUUUAAAUAUGGUCUUUUGCUGCGAGGGGAUAGGAUUUUCCGGAGAAAACCCCACCUUUCCGUUAUUGUGACCACAAAACAGACAAAAAAACAUUGCGCCGGGAGCGGGAAUCGAACCGAUGUCGUGAAGGUGAAAAAGCGUGCGUGCAGACCACUGCGCAAGCGGGACGGACAACUACUCAAAAAAUGUUGUUUUAUCUAUAUACAUCAUAGCAGUGCAACGUUUACAAUUUGCAGGUUCGAAAUUGUUCGUAUUCUUUAGAUUUGUGAACGCAUAUAAAGUUAAUUUUGCAUGUUUUCAUUCGCAAUUUAUUUACAAAAUUGAGAACAAAUAUCAAACACAAUAGAGCAAAUAUAUAGUUGUUUCAUUGGUCCAUAAAGAUAAAAUGGAUGUAAAACUACUAAUUUAAAAUCAACGUGUUGAUACACUUAUUGAAUCUGUUUCCCCAGAAUAUGCUGUUCUAUUAAUAUUUACCUUUAUCAGCGAUAAUCAGCGAGGUAUGCCGAUUAGAAAAUCGAGCUAUCUCAAUCAGAGUGGCUCGGUCUUUUACAUAGGUCGCCAUUGUGAAGAAUUUGUUCAUGGUAUGAUAACUUAGACGAGCUGCUUCGCAGCAUCGUCAAAAAGGUUGGUUUAGUAUCUUAUUUUAACUGUUAAUUGUUUUAUAUUCAAAAUAUUAGCUCCAUUGCAGGGAAAUGUUUAAAGGAUUUUUAUGAGCUUUUGGGACAAUGUUUUCAAUGUAUUCAAAGCAGAUUUGUGUCAUUUUAAAAGGAACUAUUCACAGCUUAGCAAAUUUAGAUUUUUUUUUCCAAAUUUGAUUAAAUAAUAUAUGUAAUCAAAAAAAUAAAAAAAUAUUGGAACUAUAAUUUGAACGAAAAUAUUGUACAAUGUAAUAACGUAUAAAACUUUAUUGAAUGAAUGCAAUUCAUUUGUAAUGUUUUAUUUGUGCAUUGGAAAAUAUAUGGGUAAUAAUUACACAUUCAAUUUAAAGGUUGUAUACAUGUAUUUGUUUUUUUUAUCCAACUUUUACAGGGAAUUCGGUUGAUUGAAGCCCUGUUGAUUAAAUUUCUGCUAUAAACCACGGCACGAAAUGACGUCAUUUUUUUCGACAAAAUGACGUCAUAAAUCUAGCAAAAUUUUUCAGUUAAACUAAUAUUUUUUAAAUUAAAAGGUUUACUGAAUAAAAAGUGGGAUAAAUAGAUUAAUAUAUUAGAUUUGAUUAUUGAUCAGGUUUAUCAUGCUUAACACGAUAACGAAAAAGCACUCGCCAAGGCUCGUGCUUUUUGUUUUCUUAGCCUUCCACGAUAAACCUUAUCUAUAAGCAACACUCACCUAUUAUUCUCUAUAUAUGGUUGAGUGGCUUAUGUUGCUGUACAGAUAUUACUGAUUAUUAAUGUUUUGUAUUUUAGCCAUUUACUGCCACAAAUCUUACGUUUUAAAAAUACACAAUCAGUGAAUUAGUCCCUUUAAAAAAAGUUGUUAUGAUCAUAAUAUUUUUCUGAAUUGCUUUAUAUAUGUUGCUUUUAUAUUUGUUGUCGGUUCUAAUAAAUAUAGUCAUUUAUUUAAAAGUAUUUCGCUUUUAUGUUUGAAACAGAUUUUUGCAUUGAGUGUGUUAAAAUAAUGUAUAUUUGGUAUAAUCUAGUGGUAAUAGAUUCUUGAUUAUAUAAUGUACGUAACAUAGAUUUAUUGCUUUAAGAAAUUGUUGGGAAGACUGGCUACUUUACUGUUGAAAUGUUGAAUAAAAGGUACAGUUCAUGACAGAGUCCACUUGUGGGCCCAUACUGGUUGCAAGAAAUGUCACUGUAUAUGGGCCUAAGGCUUAAUAUGGAAGGAAUAUACAAUUGGCACCUGUUGCUAAAACUCGCUUGUCUUGAACAUCUGGUUGCUCAAAAUUUCAAGGUACUGUUAUUGUAUUUCUAUAUAUUCACCUCAAUUUGUGUCGGUUGACUCAAAUUAAUAGUGGUGGAAUGUUAUGAUGGCUCACACUGUUUUGUAAGUCGAAAAUAUAAAUGUUCACUCCUUAUUGUGUUUGUUUUGCGGAAUAACACUUUAGGUCAUAAAAAGUUGUAAGUCUUUAAGUGCCCUGAAUAUUGUCAAGCACUAUCUAGAGAUGCUAGAAUUCUCAGCUUUUUCACACUAUAACUUGACUAUGCUUGGGUAAAGUAUGGCAGUUCAAUCUAAGAAGUGUGCAUAGAACAUCUACUAAGAUUCUGAUCAUGGCUACAUUGCAAUAAUACUACUCAGAUUUAUACUUUUAUUAAAAAGAAGGAAUCUAUUAAAAUCUAUAACUUUUGCAAUGUUUCUGUACAUUAAAAAAUCAACUGUUCUACACUCAUUGUAUUUUUUUUAAAGAAUUUAUGGAAAUUAAAAAUCAACAGUUUUAUACUCAUUGUAUUACCAGUUAUUUAAAAAAAAACAAUUUAGUUAAAAACUUGAUUACGCUUGUGCUAACAUCCUUGUGCUUAUUUACAAUGUGAAUAUGUGCUUAGCUACUACUCAUUCAUACGAAUAAAUGGUUUAUAGAUGUGUGUUUGAACUGUCAUAAAGUAAUCGAGUAAUACAAACAAAUAACACAUAUUUGGUUAUAGCUUAUUGAUAUGUAGCAUGUUUUAAGACAGAAACAAUUUAAAAAAUCUCAUUUGAUUUUGUUGCUUAAAGAAGUAAACAAAAUAGGAAUUGACACAACAAGUUUCACUCUUUCCUAAUAUAUUUUGCCUCAAUAGACGUUUUCAAAGUUUGUUUUCACAAAUUGGCUACAUUUUCUUUAUGUAACUCAACAAACAAAAAAAUGUAUGUUUGGGAUAAAUAUAAAUUGCCACAGAACAAUUUUGACUCUUUCCUGAUAUGCCUAUUAAGACGAAAUAUAUCAGGAAAGAGUGAAACUUGUUAUGUGUAAAUUUAUAUUUAUCCCUACUGGAUACGAACUGAGUAAAGUAGGAAUUGUUUAAUGUUUCAAAUUUUUAUGCUCCCCCAAAAUUUAAUUUGGGGGGGGGGGAGCAUAUAUUCAACGCUUCGUCUGUCCCUGCGUGUGUGUGUGCGUCUGUCUGUCCGUCUGUGCACAAUUUUUUCCGGGCUAUUUCUCAGCAAUUAAUGACCGGAAUUCAAUGAAACUUUAUGGGAAGCUUCACUACCAAGAGGACAUGUGCAUAUUAUCAGCCGGUUCUGGUCGGAUGAUUUUUCACAGAGUUAUGGCCCUUUGAAAUUUUCCAUUAACUGUACAUGUAGUGCAAUUCUUGUCCGGGCUAUUUCUCAGCAACUAAUGACCGGAAUUCAAUUAAACUUUAUGGGAAGCUUCACUACCAAGAGGACAUGUGCAUAUUAUCAGGCGGUUCUGGUCGGAUGAUUUUUCACAGUUAUGGCCCUUUAAAAUUUUCCAUUUACUGUACAUACAGUGCAAUUCUUGUCCGGGCUAUUUCUCAGCAACUAAUGACCGGAAUUCAAUGAAACUUUACGGGAAGCUUCACUACCUAAGGAUAUAUGCAUAUUAUCA